GCGCAAUCGGUAAACAUGUCGAAUUUCAAUCGGAUCUUGAGUGGCAGCAUUGUGAUCUGCUUGGCACUCGCCAAAUUUAGUGCGGUGAACGCUCAGGCCGGAACGGUGCACUGGAACAAUGGGAAUACGGCUGGCGUGGGCGCCUGGUCGAACGCUCAGUCGGGCGGAAUGCAUCCGCCGGGCAGUCUCAGUGGCCAGGAUCCGCAGUACAGCUACGGCUACGCCGGAAUCGAUUCGAGGGGCUCGUAUGGCGGAGCGGGCGGCAACGGAGCGUACUACGUAAGCGGCACGGAUGAGCACGGCCGACCCUUUUCCUACGGCAACCAGGCCGAGCAGCCCGGACAGCCCGGCUACAUGGGCGUGCGGCCGGAUCCCAACUAUCCGGGGUCCUACGGCUACCAGAACGCGGCCGGGGUCAUUAGCACCUCGGUGCUGUCGACCCUGGCAUUAGCACUUGUCCUAACGCUGGCCACCACGCGACUUUAAUGCGGUUGCAGUGCGGGAGGUGUUUAUUGUGUGCGGCUUUUUUUUUUAAUUAAUUUCUAAGUUUAAUUUAUGUUAAAUGUUCAAAUAUGUAAAUUUUUUAU